AAACUUAACUUGAAGAUUGGUUUCUACUUGAGCCAUUGGAUUUUGAGUUAUUGCUCGUGUUAAGUAUGAAGGUGCGAUCAUCAGUGAAAAAGAUGUGCGAGUUCUGCAGAACCGUUAAGCGCCGCGGACGAGUAUAUGUACUAUGCACUUCCAACCCUAAACACAAGCAACGACAAGGCCUUUCCACAUUUGCUUCUGAAGGGACGGUGCCUCCCACGAUGGCAGAGACAAAUGUCAAUCAUCCAAUCGUUCCCGGUUACAGCAUGCGUCAGGGACUAGCUUCCCUUCUUCCCAAAACACAACCACCAUCGUCGUUGAUUAUUGGGUGGAGAGCUAACCUGGCAUCUCUCAUAUUCAAACGUGGUAAUUAGGGGAACCACAAGAAG